AUGAAUUUCUCAAAAGAUCUAUGUUAUUUAAUUGAAAAUGAUAAAUCUAUAUUAUCAAAAAUAGGAUUAAAUAAAGAAAUAAAUAAAAAUGAUUUUCUUAAACAUAUAUUAAUUAGUUUAAUUCAAAUAAUAUUAUUAUUUAUAAUAAUAUUAUUAAUUGAUACAAAUUUAUUAAAUAAUAAUAUAAAUAUAAUAAAUGAAGAAAAUGAUUAUUUUAAUGAAGAAGAACUUGAUGAUGAUGUAUUAGAAGAAAGAAAGAAAUUAAAAAAUGAAAAAGAUUUAUCAUUAUAUCCAAUUGUUUUAUUUGAUAUUAUUAAAAAAUAUCGAAAUAAAGAAUUUCCAGCUAUAAAUCAUCUUUCUUUUUCUAUUAAACAAGGAGAAUGUUUUGCUCUUAUUGGUUAUAAUGGAGCUGGUUAUUAG